UGUAGCAGCUCUAGUAGGCAGUACUGCUACUACUUUGCAUUCUCAUGAAUAUCAGUUGUUUUGUUGUCUUUGUCUUUCUCUUUCCGGAUGUGCUGGAAGGUGUUUUUUUACAACCAUUUCGCCUAGUACAACGUAGAAGAUGAAGAACUACAGGAACAACCAGUCCGACAGUAAACAUCAGCCACGACAUUUUCAGGUCCAGGGAGUAUCUACCAUUUUCAUCUUGUCCGCGUCGUGAAGUGCAUUCCUUCUUCACUUAUUUGCUACACGACAGUCAUCUUCAGCCGAGCAAGAGAAGCAAAAGGAUGCCGGCCGCUGUUCCGAAGUCCGGCGCCAGGCAGGUCAUCGUCUAUAAACUGCAAACGUGUCAUCUGGGACUGGAAAGUUGUCAUGCUACGAAGCGUUCUUUGUUUCAAUUUGAAUUACGGGAGUGGGCUUCCAUGGGGGCACUGCAAUAAGUACGCAGCCAUGCGGUAAACGCAAACUGCGUUUUUGCAUGACAGGUACGUAUAGAUGAUGUCUAUUUGAUGCCCAUGCAUCACGAACUCUAGAGGACCCAGAGGACAUGUUUGCAAGGCAUAUCGACCAGGAUGCGCCGGAAAGCAAGGCUGGCGCCUGGUGGAUACAAAUUGUCUUCUGCAUCGGCCUAUGCAUUGCAAAACUAUCGUACUAGUGUGGAUUGCAUUACAAAUUUUCCCAAGAACAAAAAUGCAAUUUGUCAUGCUAUUUCAGGUAGAAAGUUGGAUUUGUCAUGCAUAUUUGCAAUUAGUACGAGUGCGAUAUUUUUGCACAGGAUACGGCCUGCUGAUCAUGGUCUGCGGCAUUCCGGAAUUCAUUCGCACGCCGCUGGUCAAAAUCGGUCUGCUGUCGCCAGUAUGGAAAGUGGAAAGAAUGAAUGACAAUGAUGUAGAGCAGUAGAUACGAGGGCACGACAGGAGGAUGGUGCACAGUGCUGAAAACUAUCAUUACUUCUUUCCACGAGAUAAAGAUUGGUACGAAAUAAAAUCAGGUGAAGCUGAUGAACAAAGGACGUCGAACAAAGCAUGAAGGACACCCGCUUGAGGAAUGCCUUGACUUCGUAUCUGCAACUACUGCUAGAAAAUGAAAAUUCACUUUUUCCGCCUUCCAUAACCGAUACAUCGCGCCACAGCCCGUCACAUUCUCGUUUCAGAGGUCAACAGUAGUUUGUCUUCGUGCAACAAUUUUAGCAGCUGCUCAGGUUUGUAUAUGCUUAAUAAAUGUCAAUACGAAAAGGAAAACGAAUGUUGUGCGAUGAAACAGACGACAGAUCUGUCUUGCAUGAAUCUGAAGAUGAAUAUGAAACGGAACAACAUCCACAGGAAUCGAAAGCCCAGGAGCUAAAGAGCGAAAUCGACAACCGCUUGGAAAGAUUCGAGGAAUUGGCCAGGAAGCACUCUAUAUCCAUGAUGAGAGUGAUGCAAUAUGAAUUUUUCGUCGUCGUUUUUGGUCGUGUAGUAGACAAGCAGCAGCUUGUAGAGCUUAUUGUACUCGUGCUGGUCAAUGUCAUGCAUUUGACUGCUCUACAGAAAGAGAGUUCUCUUGUUUCAGUUCUAAGUAGCAGAAUGUUGUUGAUCUGCAUGUUGUUCUCGACCAAGAAAAAUUCAAAAUUCUUCAUCAACCACUUCAUACGUUUCCUGCCCCAGCGGCAAGCAGGGCGGAUCGCUCGGGAAUUUUGCCUAUGGCCAAAUGGUAUGCAGUGCAAAAGUAUCGUACUCGUAUAAAUGUAUUACAAAUUUCAUCCUCAGCAUGAGAAACAAAAUUUGUAAUGCGGAUUUACCUUUAAGAAAAAGAUUUGUAAUACAUGACUGCAAUACAACGAGUGCGAGGAUACUUUUGCAAGGCAUAGAUGGUACCCGCCUUUGACCGCGUGAUUUUCGAUCCGGAAAAGCCGUUGCACACGGUGCACGGGCCUAGGCAGGGUGAAAAAUAUGUCGUUUUGGUCUGGAACCACAAAGAUGCAGACAAUUUGAUGUCCUUGAGGCAUGUCUGAGCCUCUUCUUACUGUGCGGCACAGCAGCAUGACCAUGACAACUUUUCGUCGGCUUCUUAGGAAAAAUUCACUUGUGUGUAGCAUGAUUGGUGGAAGACAUCUCGCCAUUGUUCCUUUCGACGCAUCACAGAUCUUUACUGUCCUUCAAGUUCUUUUGCAUCAUCCACACCCAAACACAUACUUUUAUUUACAUUUGAUACUGUCCGUGCAGACCCAGUUUAUCGAGGAAAAAACUGUGUAAGUGUAACUUUGUAGGUGUAGGAACAGGAAGAGCAGCAUCACAAAUUUGUUUUGUAUAAUUACAGGGAAAAAUAUCUGUGAUGCGCAGCUAGCACGUGGAAAACGUAUGAAAGUAGCUUACGACGCACGUCCAGCAUGACACGUGUAACAGUUUUUUGCAAUUUCUGCAUGACAGACUUACACUCACAUAGUUUUUUUCUUGCAUACACUUUGGGUACCACCUGAUCUGGAUCGAGAAGCGGAGCUUUGCAACCAAAGUCGCGCUAUCCUGUGCAAAAGUAUCGUACUCGUAUUGCAAUCAUGCAUUACAAAUCCCUGUGUUAAGGUAAAUCAGCAUUACAAAUUUUAUUUCUCAUGCGGAGGAAAUUUGUAAUGCAUUUUUACGAGUACGAUACUUUUGCAGUUCAUGCGCGCAGGGGAAAGACUUGUGACGAGCAAGGUGGGUGGAUUCUAUUUCUCGCGUUGUAUUACUAGCGACGUGUGCUGACGCCACGUCUGGUCGUGGAUGAGUACAGCUUAGUCUAGUACGUGUAGCUGAUGUUCUUGUUGCGGGUUCUUGUUGGUGUCCUACACUUUUGAAACACUUUGAGACUUUUUCAACAGAGCAGUACUCCGGAUGAACGAGAAGAUGUUCUUGAACAAAAGUUAUCCGACUUCACCAUGUGCAACAAGCGCCGCAACUACAAUUGCCCAAGAAGACAAAACUAUGAAAGGAGAUGCUUUCUUCACAUUGGAACACGACCCAUAACGCGAACGCCGACUCUGAAAUCAGAAACUCAACAUUAUAGCGGACGAAGUUCUUGUAAACGACCGAUGAGUGCUUCAUCUCCAGAAGCAUAACUUCUGGUAGGAAGAGGCCACGAUGUUGUAGCCAU